AUGAAAUAUCCCAUAGACACGACAGGCAAAUGGGCUCUACAUCAGUUUGUCAUCGUCUCUAAGCACGUGUUUGACGAAGUUGUCAAUGGAGAUGGCUGGGAAAACGUUACCGAGGAUGUUUAUCAGGAGCUGUGCGAAAUGUGGGAAAUGGAACUAGCCCCUUGUUACAACCCGUUCGUUAUGCCUAACAGAGGGUUAACAGACCCACUCAAGCCGGCGGCUGCGUCGUCAGGAUACACGGGAACAAUGGGCCACCUCCGGAAGCGGAAGAACUAUCGACUGAGGAAAGGUCACGUGGAUAUUAUGCAAGAUACUACUGAUAUGACCCUUGGCGUGUCGGCAGCCGACUCUCGACAUGUCGACCUGCGACAAUAUGAGAGUCGGCCCAAGUAA